AUUUAGAAAGAGCAAUCGCACGCCUUGUUCAAGUUGAAUUUGCUCUCUGUACACAUCUCCUCCUUGAUGCAUGAUGUCCGAUUCCAAGCGCAAGGAGAUCGACGCCUUCUUCAAUUUUUUUGCUGCUUUUGACUUGACUAUUCCUGUCGCUACCCUUGCAGACCUUAGUGAUGGACAGGCUUUAUUUGAGGUAUUGGCGGUGGUAGAUCCUGAUUACUUCCGCCCAACCACUCGUUUCUCUGCCCAAGACUCUGCCAACUGGGUUCUUCAUUUCAGCUCGCUGAAACGGCUAUAUCGCCUAAUGACACAGUAUUUCUCGGACGUGCUCCAGAAACCCACUAGCGGGUUAGAUGUACCUGAUCUACAAGCUAUGGCCAAAAACGCAGAUGAUACGGCGACACUCGUUAUGUGUCGAUUGACCAUUGCUAUUGGUGUUCAGUGCGAGAAGAACAAGGAGUUCAUCGACAAGAUUCAGGGACUAAGUCAAGUAGAUCAGCAUUAUCUCAUGAAGGUCAUUGAACAGGUUAUGUCGCGCAUAUCUACGUCCAAUUCAUCAGAUAUUGGCGAGGCUAGUAUGACUGAGGAUGAUCACUACUAUCGGAUCCAGUUAGAGAAGAGCGCGAUACUCAACGAGAAAGAGACCCUGGAAAAGGUCUACCAAACGUUACUGGACGAGCACCGGCAGCUGCAAACCACGCACGAUGACAUACUGUCAGAGAGGGGAGAUCUCGUGGCUCAGCUCAAGGAAGCAAGAAGAGAAGUGGACAACAGAAGGAAUGACGGAAGAGCAGAUGUGAUGUUACGAGCUGAGAUCGACCGGUUGCGAGCGGAUCUUCAAAAGAGUGAAGACAAUCUGGCGAUAGCUGAAUCCGAGCUGGAAAAACAAACCGCCGUCGUAACGGAUUUGACACGGAAAACAGAUGACUUGCAAUCCAAAGCAGAUGAAGCAGCCAAGCUGAAGGAUCAGCUAGACGAAUAUCGACACUACUCUGAAAAAUUGAACAAAGUCGAGAAUGUAUUGGAAAAGUACAAAAAGAAGCUUCAAGAAGCUGCUGAACUCCGUCAACGCGUCAAGGUAUGCCUCUUCAGUCGAUCAUUUAUCACCCGCCCUGGAACCUCACUAAAAUCUCACUAGACCCUCGAAAAACAAAAUGCUGAUUUGGUCGAUGUAAAUGCAUCCAUCGAGGAAGAAUACCGCAAAGUUGCUGCAUUCAAACCACUCAUGGAGUCAUAUAAAGGCCAGAUUGUUGAUCUUGAAAAUAAAGCAUCUACGCGUACACAGGAAUUGGAGACGCUUAAGUUUGAGCUCGAGCAGGCACUGACAAAACUGAAGAUCGUGUCCGAAGAACGUGUAAAGGAAUCGGAGACCAUAGAGCUCUAUCAAGAACGUGUCCGAGAAUUAGAAUUAGCAUCCGAUACGCGUCUACCAAAAGCACCGCGGACGAGACAAGAUUCCGUAGAGACUACCGAUGCUUCAGGGGAGCCUCUGUCAUCAGCUGUAGAAGAUGUUGAUGAUGAGGAAGACGCGCAAGCCAUGGGUCUGGG